GUUUAAAGUUGUUACAUGUUUACUUUUUAUUCGCGGGUUUAUCGACUCUUUUCUCUCUCUCGCUCUUUCUUUUUUUUUUUUUUUUUCUCUCUGGAUGUGUACUUCCGCGUACAAUGUUUUUUUCCCCCGCUGACACACGACAACUUUCGGGCAGGAAACCUUCAGCAGGCGCUUCGGCUGUCGUCUUCUCUCUAUCUACGGCAGGGCGUGUUUGGGGCUCAGUGCUCUAACCCAGCCAUGAGCAUCAUCGGGGCCGAGGAUGAGGAUUUCGAGAACGAUCUGACUGAUGUGGUGGAUGACCAGUGCACACACUUCAACAGUAUAGACCAGUUGAAGGAUCGACCGACCCACCUGCUGGUCUUCAUGCAACAUGUCAUUUUACAGUUUGACCCUGCUCCCCUGCUGUGUUACCUUCAUGCUGACCUCUUCAGGACCUUCAGUGCCAAAGAGUCCAAGAAGCAAUUUGUGGAGUUCCACAACACCUUCUUGGAUAAGGGUGCAAUCCUCAGAGUGGCAAUUCCAUCUACUAUAACCUAUGAAUUGGACCGGACUCGUCCUGAGCUGCUCCCCGAUGAAAUCCAGAAGCGCUUUGUCCAGGAUAUUCAGAAACUGCAGGUGCCUGAAGUGGCCAAACAGUUAGAUGAUUUCAGGCAGAAGAGGAUGAUGGGUAUGACCCCCAACGAGGCUGAGCUCAUUGACGUGGAGAGCCACUAUCCCACCGACCGCAUCCCGAUGGAGAUGAAGGAGAAGUCUGUAGCUGAGAACUUGCUGGAGAAGAUGUCUGAGUCACAACUUACGAUCGUCUCGGACGAGGAAAAAUGCCAAUCCAUCUUUUCAGCGGUGGUCUUCUACAUGAAGCACCUCGGGGUAAAAACCAGGGCAGUUGACAAUAAGAAGUCCAAAGGAGGCUUCUUCAGGAGACAGCUGGUGAAGAAUAAGAAAGAUGAAUCCACAAAGGGCAAGCCCAGAGGGGUGUUUCCUGGCAUCCCCAGCUGGAUUGCAGGCAACACUGAGGUCAAACCUAAAACGGAGGCUGAAGCGGAAAAGGACAAAGUGAAUACAGAGCGCAAGGGUAUAACUCCCGGCAGAGGCUCCUUGACCGACCCUGCAGCAGCCCCGUCCCUUCCCAGCAAGAAGUCUGUUUCCAGUGGAAGUCCUGCCUCUCUGCCUGGGUUAGAGAUCAGUGAUGGCUCCGGCAACAACAUCAGCAUCGUUAACAGCCCUGAGUCUUCACACAUCGAUGGCCUCUUAAGCAAUCGCUUGGAGCCUCCGAGCCUGUCAGACAGCAGUGAGGUGUCCCCCAUCGGGCUGGGAGGAGGGCUGAUCGUUGCGGAGCCCCUCUCACCUAACGACACUCCCACUGAGGAAAAUCCGGAGAAGGACAGACGGAAGACAAGGAAAGUGGGGCGUAGCGAGAGUGCUCGUGUGGACCGGCACUCCUCUCGGCGCCGCGGCUCUUCCCGGGCCAAACAGUCUCGCUCCCGUAGUGAUGUGGACCUCCAGCCGCCUACCUUGACAGCAACAUCACCUACCCCGUUCACCCCCCAGCACCCCCAUUCUUUUGAAGGACCAGCUUUAGUCCCAGAAGGGCCCGGUCAUUCCCCGACCAGCCCCUCCCCACAGCUGGAGGAGAUGGAGCCACGCCUCCUGGAGUUCGAGCAUGACCCGCCCAACUGGAGGGAGCUGGCCCCCCCUGAAGCCCUGUCUAGUCUCAGCAAGAAGGAGACCAAGAGGCAGGAGGUCAUCAAUGAGUUGUUUGCGACAGAGCACGCCCACGUGCGGAUGCUAAGUGUCCUUCAGAUGAUCUUCUCCAAACCUUUGGAGAAAGAGGAGCUCCUGACCGCCACUGAGCUGGCCGCUAUCUUCCCCAACCUGGAUGAGAUCAUCGAUAUGCACUAUAACUUCUACGAGAACCUGAAGAAGCUGCGUUUGGAUGACAACUUCAUCGUCAAAUCCAUCAGCACCACAGUGCUCAACAGAUUUGGGGGUACAGAGGGGGAGUGGUUCCAGAAAUUGACGGCCCGGUUCUGCAGUCACCAGUCAUGGGCCUUGGACCAGAUCAAGAGCAGGCAGAAGAAAGAGCCACGCUUCAACUCCUUCAUACUGGAGGCAGAGAGUAAGCCCCAGUGCCGCAGACUGCAGCUCAAGGACAUCAUUCCCAUAGAGAUGCAGAGACUGACCAAAUACCCAUUACUGCUGGAGAAUAUUGCCAAGAACACAGACGACCCGGCAGAGAAGGAGAAUAUCCAGCAGAGCGCAGAGUGCUGCAGAAAGAUCCUCAACCAUGUCAAUGAGGAGGUCAAAUUGAUGGAGAACCUAUUGACUCUGAAGGACUACCAGCGGAGAUUGGACACAUCAGGGCUCAAACCUAGUAAUGAGCUUUAUACUGAAUAUAAGAACAUUGACCUCACUCAGAAGAAGAUGCUUUAUGAAGGCCCUCUGACCUGGAGAGUCACAAAGGAGAAGGCAAUUGAGGUGCAGUGUGUGCUGCUUGGAGACCUGCUGGUGCUCCUGCAGAGGCAGGACGACAAGAUGGUCCUCAAAUGCCAGAGCAAGAGUAACAUCGCCGUGCAGGAGGGCAAGCAGAUGUUGAGCCCCAUCAUCAAGCUGGACUCAGUCUUCCUACGUGAGGUGGCCACAGAUCGAAAGGCCUUCUAUGUGAUAUUUACCUGGGACAGCGGUGCUCAGAUCUAUGAACUGGUGGCUCAGUCUGUUGGAGAGAGGAAGAUCUGGACUGAUGUGAUAAAAACAGCAGUGGAUGAUCUGAAGAAGAGUGGAGCACCCAUGCGGUUGACGCUGCCUCCUGGAAGUGGAGGAGCUCCCUUCAGUCCCACUACGCUGACUGCCCCUUUGAGCCCGACUGAGAAUGGAGGCUUGAAAAGCAGCGGUGAUCGAGAUAAGGACAGCUUGACGGAUGACAAGUCUUCAGACCCCAGGCACAGGCUGAUUGAUUUCCUGUCAGACAAAGGCUUCGACUUGAUAGGCCACUCCAAUAGCGAUCAGGAGAAGGUGGCCAGCAGUGCUUUGGAUGAAGUCAUGUCGCUGAAAAGGCUGUUGGUGGGCAGCAUCAGUCUAUCAGAAGACUCUCAGCCCGAUGAAGAAAAUGGAGAGGAGCAAUCAGAGAAGCCAAGUCAAGAAAUGGAUAGCUGUCAGUCAACAGAAGAAAGCCAGACUGCAGACCGAGGAGCGGAGGAGGAGAGCGAUAACUCUUGUGAAAAAGAAGGUGCAGGGACUAAGGGAGAGGAGGAUAGGAGCAUCAGUGCCCCCCUGGUGCUGUCCCAGGAGAGGAAGGAGGAAGUGUGCAGGAGGCUCCACAGUCUGCAGGAACAGCUAAAGAGAUUACAGACUAUAGAAGAGGAGCACCACAGGCUGCAGGAGGCCCUUUCCAAGUUCUCACUGGAGGGGUUGAACUUCCAGUAAAGACACCAUCAUGCCACCUGCUGGCCACUAGAUUUUUACUGGUGCUGGUUUGGAGUGCUUCCAGAGGCUUUCCUGGAAAUUCCUAAACCCUCAUGCCCUGGACUCUUGCUGCAUUAGGUGGCUUUACGCACAAUGCAGCGGUUCAGUGAUGGAACAUGGGAGGUGUGUGCAUGUGUAUGUGUGUCUGUUUGCGUGCAUGCUUGGUAGAGAGGUAUACAAAGAAAAGAAGAGAAAAAAAAAGCAGGACAUCCUACUUUUGAGUGGGAGAUGUUUUUGCAGAGAGGUGCCAAAAAAAACAAAAAAAACAGAAGCAAUAUUUUACUGUGAGAGAAAUGCUGCCUAACAAAGUAGUGAUUGCGAUCUGCUGUAACACACAUACGCACACCGGAGACAUGCACGCUAGAAAAUAAUUUACAUUAUUGCCAAUAGCAGAUGUACAGUAAAGAAGACAUGCAGUGUUUGCCUGCCGAGUUAGCUGUAUAACCAGGUGGAAGCCUUAAGGGGCCAAUGUAGCGUAUGAAGAUUUAUGGAAAUACUACUGCUGAUAUAUAGUGUUAUUUCUAGUUUAUGCCAAAGUACCACAGAGAUGCACUUUUUCUAAUCAAAAUAAGUUGAACCCAUGCUGUUUUUGCAAAAUUUAUUACGUGUACUCUAUUCAGAAGUUUUUUUCACAGCAGGAGCUUCAUGUAGGCAGCCUCGUUUAAGAAGACCGCAUGCUAGAAAGUGUGUGUAUGUGUGUUACAAGUUUUUUUUUUUUUUUUUUUAAUUAAAGACGUGCUUGUUUGGAGGGUUCUUACUGUUAUUAGGUCACAUAGAAGCAUUUAUGAAUAGUGGCACUAUAAGUAAUCAUGCUGUUAAUAAUGGAGACUUGUUUGUAUUUACUGCUUUUAUUUAUUCCUCUGAAUUCUGUCGGGUUAGUGAGUUGUAUCACCUGCGUGAAACUGUUACAGCACUGGGGCCCCAAGAAGAAGAAGAAGAAGAUGGAGCGAGGUGUUAGAGGAAAGCAAGAAACAAAAUAUAAGAAUGCAAACUGAGAAUGUGUAGCAAAGAUCAAUGUGUAGAGGGUGAAGGAGAGAGAUGUAGGGACGGGGGAGUGAGUUAAGAGAUUGUGAGUUGUUAGUCUUGUUUGUUUGAAGCCAGCUUGAACCAGACAGUCAUGAGAGGAUGUGUUGAGAACAUGAGAUUAGGAUAUGUGCUCAGUGUACUGAAGAAAAAUGUAGACAUAGUCUCUCAUACACACACACACACACACACACACACACACACACACACACGUAUACACACACACGUAUACACCCACAAACACUGGGAGCCCAGUGCUUUAAUAGUGUUCCCAAAGGUCAUUUUUGCCACCAGGCAGGGUUAUAAAUUGUAUUAUACAACGUUAGAUUCAUGUUAUUAGUAAGAGAUUCUAUUCUUCUCCUAGUAGCAAUAUUUGUAUCAAAAUUGAGCUCGUCUUUGUAUUUUAUUCAGCAGCUGAUUGUAAUUAUAAUUAUGAUGAUAUAAUUUCUGAGUAGUGGCAUGACUGUGGCCGUGCACACAGGACCAAAGAUAUAACAAAGCACCGUUAGAUCCUCAUACAAGCUGUAAUUUUCUUAAUGACACGCUUCAUCUGUAUAGUAGCAUGUUACUUUAUACUGAUGCAGGAGUGAUGGCUCGGUAGUGCAGCCUGCAGUCAGCAGCUGCUUUUCCUCUCUCCAAACUCCUAACAUGUGGCAACUUAACUAAGUGAAGGGAUUUCAAAAGCACAUAGAAGUGUGAAGCAUUGGUUGUCAGUAGAAAUACCUGGUUUUUGACUUAUUAGCUGCAAAAGUAAUUCCUGAAAUGAAGAAUGUUAGACUUCUCUCGCCUUACGAACAAACCCGGACAGAUUGUGUCAGUCUGUGGUCUUUUGUCUUCAGAGUGUGUUUGGGUCAAUAAGUGCAAGUAAAAGCCGGUGUGACUGCCACAGCCUGUACUGUUCUGACCUGGAUAGACUAUAAUACCUCUGGUGCUAAAUUAAACACAUGGGACCCGGUCCAGCAGCAACAGAAGAAGGACAAGGAAACAAGACAGUGAAGCCAGAUUGCGAAUAUAAAGGAAACGCUGAAGGUUUGGAGGAAGGAAGACUGCAGUCUCAUUCCAGCGUCGCUCUCACCAGUACUGUAAUCAUAAUCACUUCCUGAUAUGCAUUCUCAUCCUUGUUGCCACAACAACAAAUCCAACCCUUUUGACCCUGCUGGACCUCAGUAUGAAAUUAUGCAAAUGAUGGUUUCAUUAGUCAUUCGAGUGUUUGAACGUAACUGCCAUCUCUCCCCUUGUCUUCCCCCUAGAACUUGUACAUAGAUGUCAGCUUGAAGGAAAAAAUUGAGAAGGCAUAAAUUACCCCCCCACACACACUUCCUCUGUGUGUUUAUAAAGUCUAUUAGGGACACAAUAGAUACACAUCUUGAUAACACCUUCACUUGUGAUAGCAUGAUCACCUUUUCCUACAGCACAGUUUUACCAUAUGUUGUUGUGUAUUUCAUUUGAUUUACUUAAACGGGUCGGGGAGGUUUUUUGUUACCAUUUUUCUUUGUUUUUCAAACAAGCUUUUGUAAUUAUGUACUAUGCAUUUGGCUGUAACGGUGAGAGAGAGGCAGGACUUGUCUGUAACUUGUCUAUGCAUAAAUGAAUUUGUAACCAUGAUGCUUUUUUUUUUUUUGGGUGGGUGGGUGUGUACAUUCAAGCAUAAACCUGCUCUGUAUUAUGACUAUCCAGCCAUCCAAUGGGAUGCAUUUCAACAGAUAAUCUCAACUAGGAAUUUUUAACGGUCAAGUUGAAGUGAUCUACAGAUGAAAACCAGUUAACAUCAGCUUACAGUGAUGCUUUCAGUCGCUGGCUGAACGAUGACUACAGGCACUUCUCUCUCUCUCUCUCUCUCCUCUUUGUGCGUUCUAUAUACAAAUAUCUAGAUGUAUAGAAAAUGUAUUUAUAGAGUGGUGCCUUGUUCUGAUGAUCAACUUAUUUCAUAAAGGGCUCUCAUGUCUGCAAACACAAUCACUGUUGUUUUGUUUGGGCUGUCUUUAAUGGAGGACUGUGACAUUGACCUCUGACAGUGAGAGACAAUGACCAAAUCACUAGUAAGCAAUGAGAGAUCAUGCCAGGAUUCAGAUUUUGCAUCCACCUCCAUGACAGCAAUAAGAUUUGAGCCCUCUACCAACUCAACCAGCCAGUGCCCUGUAUAAAAAAGAAAAGACACCGCUCUGUUGCCAUGUCGUCUAUCUAUAAACAACAAAUAUGCAAGAACUAUACUGUGUAUUUGGCUUUUGAUUUUUAUUGUGUAAGAGUCUCUUUAAUGAUGUAUACUUCAGGAAAAUUGUGGUACGUUCUGUUUUUUUUUAAUUCUUCAUUUUUUUU